AUGCCUGUUAUCUCUUACACAAUCCAUGGACAAGCUACCCUGGUGGACCACUGGUCAGAUCCCCAUUACUUUACCGCCGCUUUUCCAACCUUAUUUCCAGCCGGGAUCGGUGGCCAUCUCGACGAGCGAGCCUUCCCGGUGUCGCUUGGGGCGUUUGCCGAGUGGGCUUUGAGCCACCAUAGUAGAAGAUUCGCUCGCCAUAAAACCUUCGUGUACCUGUUAUAUGAUGUGAUCCAACUCCGGAAGUCGUCGAUAGGCAACGCGUUCCUCAUCAAACGCCAGGAUUGGCACUCGGUAACCAAGGAUAUCACCUCUCUGACAGUAACGCAGCUCCAAAGUGCAACACAGACAGUCGCGAUGGGCCAGAAAAUUGAAGAUUCGAUCAUUCGACGACUGCCACGUAAUAUCGUGACAAUCGGCACGCAGGUCCCAGGAUCCUUUGCUCAGAAACUCAGAUUACGCUCUGAAAUUCGAGGACAGUCCCGCAUAUUUAUCACUGGGAGAAUCUUCGGCAUCACUACCAACACACCUCGACUCGCAAUUGGCGUGGAUGAUGUUUAUUUUAUUCCAAAUCUGGGCUCCAUUACGACAGCACCGGUGACUCCUACUUCGUCCGUGGGAAAGCAGAAGCAAGCAGAUAGAUGGAACAGCCGUGCCAACCCAAUGACUCCAAUAAAGAGACCUCGAAUGCUGAUCUCCAGCUCGGAUUCCCAACCACAAGACGACGAGGUUCAAAACUACCUCUCUAGUACGGCGCAUCUUCCAAUAGAAUCUGAACUCUGCGACGAACCCAUCAAUAAGGAUAUAACUACCGACCAACUGACUCGCCUGGAAGACGGUUCGUCGGCUGACACGAUCCUCCAGGGACGUCGACCUAAGAGAACUCGUAAAUUCUCUAAGGCAGAUUCACCUUUAUAA